UAGAACCCACAGCCUCCUUCCUACCCCAUGCCCAUGCCCCCGUAGCCCAUGCCCAUGUCCCCCAACCCCCUGGCAGAAGAAUCCCUGAGGCUCUGGCCUGGCCUCUCCUGCAGCCUGUCAAUGACUGGCAGCUUCCUAACCAACCCCCUCUCUGCAGAGCUGAGCUGGGUGAACACCAGUUCUCUGUAGCCUGGGUGCCUCUCACAGUUCAACUGAGCCUCCUCUUUGGGCUAGACCCAGGGGCCAGACACACCCCUUGCCCAGAGCCCCCAGAGCCCUCCUGGACCCACUGCUGGACAGACAGACACCGUCACCUUAGUGCCAUCUCACCUCCCUCCAGGGGCCCAGCCCAGCCCAGCCCAGCAGAACAGAGGGACAGAGGAACGGACGACACCCAGAUAAGGAAACUGAGGCCCAGAGAAGGGGAAAUGACUUACCCAAGGUAACAAAGCUAGAACCUGAGCCCUGGGCUGUGGUGGCAGAGCCAGUGCAGUAACCAGAGCAGGCUGGCCUGGGGACCGGCUCCUGAGAGGGAGGCAUCCGGAGGGACCAGGCCUUACUCACCCUCUGGGCCUGCUCUAGGGCUCCUUGGAGACGGAGCCUAGGCAAGCUCCAGGACCUCCUGGCUCCCUUCCUCAAGCAUGGGCAUCAAGACUUCGCUGCCCCCUCUCGAGCUAGCCACCUACGCCCUGGUUCUUGUGGGCGCCCUGAGCUAUGCUGCCAGGGAGCUCUUUGAGACGUCUCGAGACAACAUGAACAGGAAGACAUUCAAGGAGUCGGUGAAGCCUGGCUGGCAUUACAUCGGACGAAAGAUGGAUGUGGCAGAUUUCGAGUGGAUCAUGUGGUUCACCACCUUCCGUAACGUCAUCAUCUUUGCCCUCUCAGGUCAUGUGCUCUUUGCCAAGAUCUGCUCCAUGACUGCCCCACAGCACCGCUCCUGGAUGUACGCUCUCUACGGGGUCUUCGCCGUGCUGGGGAUCAUGGGCUCCCACUACUUGCUGCUUCUGUUGGCCCACUGCCUGGGGCUCUACAUGGUCUCUCUAUUUAAGCAGCCGUGGCUCUGCUUUGCCGUGGGUCUCACCAGUCUGGCCUCCUUCAAGCUGGAGCCGGCCAAUUUGUGGCAGAACGAGUUUGUAACGGACACGUUUGAUCUUCAAGAUGUGCUAUUUUAUGGGGGAAGCGGCUUCACGAUUUUCCGGUGCAUGAGCUUUGCCCUGGAGAACUGUGCUCGACUCGAUGGCAGUUACUCCUUCCUGGACCUGCUCAAGUAUAAUUUCUAUCUGCCCUUCUUCUUCUUUGGACCCAUCAUGACUUUCGACAAGUUCCAUGCCCAGGUGAGCCAGCUGGAGCCUGUUCGAAGGGAGCGGGAAAUGUGGCAGAUCCGUACCCAGGCAGGACUCAGCCUGGCCUCCAUUGUGGUCGUGGACGUGUUCUUCCAUUUCUUCUACAUCCUUACCAUUCCUAAUGACCUCAAGUUCACCAAUAGCCUCUCAGACUGGACCCUAGCGCUCUUGGCCUACUUCAACCUGGUAUAUGACUGGGUGAAAGCAGCUGUGAUGUUUGGCGUCGUGAACACUGUGGCCCGGCUGGAUCACCUGGACCCGCCCCAGGCACCUAAGUGCAUCACAGCCCUCUAUGUCUUUGCAGAAACGCACUUUGACCGUGGGAUCAAUGACUGGCUGUGCAAAUACGUCUAUGAUGCCAUUGGUGGGGAGCACCAGUCUGUGGGGCCAGAGCUGAUAGCUACACUGGCCACAUUUGCCAUCACCACCCUAUGGCUGGGGCCCCAUCAUAUUGUCUACCUGUGGUCUGCCCUGAACUGCUUUGGUCUCAACUUCGAGCUCUGGGUACAGAAGCUAGCUGAGUGGGGACCAGUGGCCCAGGUAGAGAGCUCAAUGUCAAAGCAGAUGUCCCGGAGAACUCGGGCUCUCUUUGGGGCUGCCAACUUUUGGUGCAUCAUCAUUUACAACCUCAUGUCUCUGAACAGCCUGAAGUUCAUGGAGUUAGUGAUCAGACGCCUACUGUUCACAGGAUUUCCCCAAAGCACCCUGGUCAUCUUAUUUGUCACCUACUGUGGUGUGCAACUGAUUAAAGAAAGUGAGAGGCUCCAGGCUCUGGAGGAAGAGAAGGAAACUGCCAAAAAGAAGGCUGCAUAGGGGAGGAGAAAGGGGAGGAAGAGGAGAAAGAAAGGAGGAGUAGGCAGAAGAGAGGAACCAUCUAUGCCCUCAGCCUUCCCCCAAGACCCUGAUCCCCUGGGUUCUAGACCAAGCCUUUAAGACAAAAUAAAAAUUUUUUGCUACAACAA